GUGGAAAUAUCUAUGAAAUCAUCAGAUGUUGUGAAAGUAAUCAGAAUUACAGACAAAUAAAUAGCUAAUUAUUUGCACAAUCAUUGAUAUGUGACGAAAACAUCUCACAAUAUCUUAAGUAAUAAGUCGUUUAAGUAUUGAAUCAAAUUAGUCGUGAAUUUAAUUUUGUCGAGUCUUUUACCAAAAUAAAGUUCAUUACAUUUAAGUCACAAAUUAUGACUAAAAUAAUGGUCUGUAUGUUUGUCAACUUUAUACUUUUCAGCCUGAUAACAUGUAUGAGUUGCUCGCCUAACUUGACAACUAUGACCACGAAUUUGUGUCACAAUUCCUUACAUUUAUUAGACAACUAUGACAACAGGUAUGGCAAUGGAUACGAGCUCGACCACUAUGAUCCCGAAUAUGAGUACUCCCAGGAAUGGCACUUCAAAAUCAAAUACCACAAUGACUACGAGAGCAAUGAAGUCCAAUAUGACCACAACCAUGAAACCCACGAUUAUUACAGCUAG